GCAACAUCCAUAUUUCAGUCAGCGUCUUGCAUUGCAUUGCAUUAAAGGUACACGCAUGAGAUAGAUGCAUAAAUACAUACACACAUGCAAUGCAAUGCAUCCGACACACCGGGUCAGCGAGCAACCAACGACAUGCAAUGCACUCACUCUGGCAGGGCGGGCCGGCCCGCCAUGUCAGAGUGAGUGCACACCUUGGAGUGAAGGAAGAAGCGACAAGUGGAUACACGGCACGGACAUCCCAACUGCUGAGAGCUAGCUGGCUGGGUAGGCUACACGUGGCCCAUAGUGGCCCCGGGCAGGGCAGGCCGCGCCGCGCCGUGCACCCCCGCUCUUACCCGACUCCCCCACCCACCUGUCUUAGAUUAGUGGUGCACACUCAUCCAUCCAUCCAUCCAUCGGCCAGACAGGAAGGGAGCCAGCCAGUCAGUCAGUCACGUGGGAGGCCAGGCGGCAGGCAAGGCAAGGCAAGGCAAGGCCACUGCUGAGUGUGCGAGAAAGAGUCACCCAUUGUUUCGUGUGACAAAUAGGCCGUCCAGCAAGAGAGAGAAAGAGAGGAAAGACAGGGGAACAUAUGUAUCAUCAAUUCAUUCAUGGAUCUGUCUUUCAUUCGCUGUCCCCUCCAACACCCACCCCAUGUGUACAGCUAGCCACGCCACAGCGGCAUAGCAUGUGUGAGUACCAGGGUGGCAUUUGUCGGUACACACCGGUGCCUUCUCGCCUCGCACCCGUCCUUUCGCUACCAAUGCCUGCUCGUCUCGGUGCAGACGAGCUUGCACUCGUGGCCAGAAACGGGCAGAGGGGAAAAAGCCUCCCGUCGUGCGUACCGCACCACAACCACUCGAUCACCCACCCACCCGGUCAAAAUGGCAGCAGUCGAGUCAUUCGACAGGUAGAUAGUGUCUAUCAACAGGAGACGACUUCCGGCAAGCGCGGUCUUUCGUGGGUGCAGGGGCGUCGGUGAAUUCGCUGCCCCCGAGCCCGUUCCAUGACUGCCUACCCGCGUCGGGAGGGCUGGCAGUCAUAGAACGCGUCCAGGGGUUCAAAUUCACCGGCACCACCAGCACCGAGGCACGCCAGAACGAGAGCCCAUCCAUCCAUGCAUUCCACCCAGUCGAUCCCCAGCAACCCCAGUAAGUGUGUGUGCACUCGCCAGGCAGCAUACAUAGGGACCGAUAGAUAAAGACAGCUCAGUCCGGGAAAAGGGGCGGCGAAAGACAGACAGAGGCAGAGCCAGAGGGACCAACCGGCAAAGCUUGUCCAUUCAGAGCGGGAAGAGCAAAGGAAGCUUAUGAAUUAUGGAGAUAGACAUGUACUUAUGUCGGUUCCAUAAAGAGUGUCAGUCAGGGAGGCGGCCAGGCAACGCGCAGACAAGACAGCCAAAAAGCGAACCGACCCCCCUGCCCCCUUCCACCCCCAUCACUUGCCGAGCCGAAAAACUUUCCCCGCCCUCUCACGCAAGUGUCUGGCUACUUCAUCACCCUCCUCCCUCCCUCCCCCCUCCCCCUGCCGGAGGCCUCACUGGGAGGCGAGAAUGGACCCCCCACACAUGCACAUGCCCAGGCGCCUCACGGCGUGCAGCACCGUCGCGUUUUUGGCCCUGGCCGCCGCCCUGAGGAAGGUGUCGCCGUCCUCGUCGGUGGUGGUCAGCGAGUACCCCGCCGACAGCAGGAAGCGGACGGCGGUGGCCACGAGGGUGGCGCGCUUCUCCAGCUGGCUGCCCUUGACGAGGGUGAUCUUGCUCAGCAUCUGCUCGAUGUCGCGGCCCGUGAACUCCUGGUUGGCCAGGGAGAACAGGGCGUCGUAGCCCUGGCGCGCGGGCUCGUCAGCGAGGCGCGACAAGAUGCCGCAGGCCAUCUCGAUGCUGAGCUCGUCGCUGGCGGCCUCGAGGUUGGCCUUCUUGGUGGCACGCUUGUUGCGCUGCUCGCGGGGGCCGAAGGCCUUCUGGUUGAUGGCGGUCCACCUGCCCUCGGGCGCCGACGCACGCACCGCCAGGAAGUGCAGGACCGCCCACAUGUAGAUCAUCUGACAAAACCAAGAAGAGAAGGAAACACAGCACAGGACACAACACAGCACAAGGCACCACACACAACGGAUGAAUCCUUGCAGCCGCCCAGAGUGUUGUGUGUGUUUCUUUGUAUGUUGGUUGACCUGUUUGGCGUGGAGCUGGCACAGCGGCAGCAUGCUGUUGGGGUUGAGUGGGGGCUGCUUGUCCUCACCCAUGGCGUCCCUGGCCUUGAAGAUGGCACAGAUGAGGUUGGUGGGGCUGACGCAGCUCGCCAUGCAGAACUCGCAGUGGUGCCGCGGCCCUGACGACGGCAUCACCGUCAUGGGAAACAGACACGGCAGCGACGUCUGAAGGAGCCACACACACACCACACACACACACACAUACACACACACAAAUGGCUAUGGGAACAGGUAGGUCCAUCUAUGUGCGUGGAAAUGACUUACGGGCGGAAUGGUGAAGUACGUCCGUGCGGUCAUGUUGGUGGGGUUGAUGCCGCGGGACAGGGCCACCUUCCUGCAGGGGCCGCACACCUGCACCACCUGGUUGAGGGCCUCGUCGUCCUUGUCGCCCCCGUCCGGGCUGUCAUCCAGACGACGCGACCACUCGUCCUGGUCAAACGCCACAGCAGAGACACCAACACCACCCUUACUAGACGAAGACUGCUGCUGCUGCUGACGCGGCCCUGCAGCCAUGCACAUCAACACAUAUCACGACAUGCAGGGGUCUUAUGGCUGGCCGCCUGUCAUCCUGCCAUUGUCUCCCCUCACCGGCGUCAUUGGGCCCAGCGGUGAGCGGCGGCAGCGACUCCCGCUCAGAGCUGUCGUCCCCAUCCGACUCGCCAGUCACGUCGCCAAACCCGUCACUCUCCGACUCGGAUGCGUAGUCCAGCGUCCAGCCCCCGCCGUCCCACGGCCGACUGGCAGCAUCGUCCCACGGCCGACUGGACCCUGCCGGCUGCUGCUUGGCGAGUUUGGCCUCCUUGGCCUCCUUGGCCUGCUUCUGCUUGAGCCGCUUCUCUCGCUUCUUCUCGGCCUUCCUGUUGCCGGCCGGCAUCGGUGGGGGGAUGGGGCCGCCGCCCUUGCCACCACGCACAGCACCAACCUUCUUGGCUGGAGCAGGGGCGGGGGGCCUGAUGGAGGGAGGAGGAAUGAGGCACACAUGGCAUGGAUGGGUGGCGAUCGUGCGUGUCGACACAUCUAUGUGUGUGGUUGGUACCGACCUGUCUUGCUCUGGCCCUGGCUGCUGCAGCCGUGCUACUUCUUCCUCUGCCUCCUGCAGUGCUGCGGCCAAUGCGGCGUCGGACUGCGUGUCCUGAAUGGACACAACACACACACACACACACACACACAUGACUCGACCGCUUCGUGGAUGUACGGAUUGUCUCCCUCUCUCCAUGUCUGCGUGCCUGUCUGCCUGUCUGUCUCACCUGGUGGAUCUGCCCACCCUGAUCGCCGUCACUACUCCCGGCCGUCCUAUGCCCCUCCCCCUCCCCGCCUCCCUGCCCCUCGUCCCCACCGCCGCCCGUCUCACUCUGGUCCACCUGCUGUUGCUGUUGGUGCAUGAGUUUCUCGUGCUGGUGCUUCUCCUUGGUCUUCUUCUUGCGCUGCACGGCGCGCGACAGGCCCUGGUUGCGGGGCUUCUCCUCCUCGAUGACCUUCUCCUCAUACAUGACCUCCUUGUUGGAGUUGAAGCCGUACUUGCCCUUCUUACGCUCGUUGUGCUCCAGCACCCGCAUCACCGGCACCAGCACCACAUGCCGCUUCUUUUCCUCCUUCUCACACUCAGCCGAAGUACCCUCAACCUGCUGCCCCUGCCCCUCCCCGUGGGCCUCUACACGCGGCACGUCGCCGUCUCGCAAGGCCGCCUCGGAAGCACUAGCAGCAGCAGCUGCUGCUGCUGCUGCACCGUCUGACGUGGUGGUGGUGGUGUGGGUAGCCGCCCCGGGCUGUGCGAAGCUGUUCCACUCUGCCUCCAAGUCGGCGAGGAAACUGUCGCCAGUGCGCUUGGGGCGAGAGGGGGCUAACUGUGGUGGUGGUGGGGGCGGGGGGGCAUGCAUCACCCGGGGGGGCGGGAAAGGCUCGGAUGAGGGGCCUGACGAGGAGGAGGGGUGGGACGGGACACGCGAGGCCGCCGAGCGACCGCGAUGCACAAUGGAGAAGGACGGCUCGGCGGGCUUGGUGUUCGGCACAGUAGCCGUGACGGUGAAGCGGGCCGCAUAGAUCAUGCCCAUUUCGAGAAGGUGGUUGAGCAGCGACUCGCUGAAGGUCGAUAUGUCGUCAUCGGGGUCCUCGGGUGUGACAGAGACCUCCAGCUGAUACUCCUGCUGGGCCACGUGGCAGCACACGCGCGCCUCCAGCUCAUUCAGUUUGUUGACUGCCGUGGUGCGCUCUGGCGGCAAGUUGGCGCGCUUCAGCUCCUCGAAGGCGAAACCAUACAGACCCUCUAGCCGCUCUUUGUCCUCAGACUUGACGAACUCCUCACUCAGCCCGGUGAGCGGAUCUUUCGCCCAUGACACACCACCACCACCUACGGCGCCAUUGAGACGCCCGGAGGGGCCAGGGCCGUCUUCAGGGUAGCCGUUGAGCGACGCAUACGGCCCAGCAGCAGAGAGAAAGCCAUUCAUUGGCCGAGCCACAGGUGAGGGAGAGCCCCAGAAACCGUCGUCAUCGCCUUCAGGCGUCGUCUCAUUCGGCUGCACCUCCCUGAGGGCAUCGUCCAUAACAGUAGGCUGCUCCAGCUGUGUGGGCAGGGGGAGGGGUGGAGGGAUCGGUGGGCCCCCCAUGCCCGUGGGCAUCAUGCCGUGGCCGAGUCCGUGUGGUGGAGGGGGGAAGAGAGGUGGUGGGUUUGCGCGAGAGCCACGGCCACGUCCGACGCCCGGAGGGAUGGGAGGGGGGAAGGGGGGCGGGCCGUUCAUAAACUUAUACUGCUGCUGCUGCUGCUGGUGGUGGUGGGGUGGUUUCGGUGGCAAGCCGUAGCCAUGGUAAAAUGGACAGGCGUCUCCAGAACGGCACUUGCCCUCCUUCCAGAAAUGACACGGCUUCUGAUAGAUAGAUAGACAGAGAAACAGGUAGACAGACAGCACACAGAUAGAUGCACAUACGCGUGAGUGCCGAUCUCCCCGCCCGCCUGUCUGCCUGCCUGCCUGCACCCAUCGCGUCGCUUGUGUGUGUGGCGUGCUUACACUGGCCCGCCAGUCUGUCUUGGUGGUGGCCGUUCUGGGGUCCUUCUUCUUGCUGCCCCGCGGCUGCACCGUCGAGCCCUCCCUGAGCCAUGCAGGAGCCAUCGCAGUAGGGAUGGCCGAAGAGCUCCCGGCACCAGCCGCCGCCCCCGAGCCGCUCUCUGAUGUGGACAGAGCGGGCGAGACGCGCUGCGAUAUGCUGCCGUGGGGCAUGGGGGGCUGUGUGGACGAGCUGGACGACGGCAUGGGGCCGGGGCGGUGGUGGGGACGGGGGAGUCGGGGGAUUCGCCGCUUCAGCUCUUCUAGGAAGCGCAUGUCGACGAUGCGCGGCAGGUCCUCGCCGGCACGAAUGUACAGCGAGUUCUGGUAUGUGUCGCGGAGCUCUCGCUCGUUGUGGGCAAAAUGGCCUGAAGGCAGGAGGGACCCACACACAUACACACAUACAUACAUAGGUACACAUGGGUGUGUUGUGGUGUGGAUGCGGGAGUGACGGCGUGUUUGCGCGAGCGCUUACAUUCGUCCAUCCUGUUGCAGUUGGGGUGGUAUCGGCACAUGGUGGUCUUGUAGAGCAGGCCCUUCUGCUCGCUAUCGCCACCCCUCUGCCGCAACGCCUGGAUCACAUCCUGCGAUGUCGUCGAGUUGUAGGUCAUCACCAGCCGCUGGCCGCCGCCCCUCUGCUGGCCAGCCCCUCGACCCGCCCCACCACUAGCAGAUGACGGCGGCGCCACGCCCCCAGCGCCCCGACCUGCUGCCGCCAGCUGUCGCGCUCGCAUCUCUGCGAGUGUGAUGCCCGGGUUGAUGGGAGGGUCGGACGAGUGCACUGUUACUCGUGCCGGUGCAUGCGCGGGACGCUCCUUUCGACGCUUAUCGGCCUCCUCUGAACGAAUGGAUGGAUGGAGGGGCGCACGGGACACACACACACAGGCACGUCACGUCAGCGUCGCAUUGCUGUGUGUUGUGGUGAGCUGUCACCCACCCGCCCCCGCCCACCCACCUUCGCCAGCGCGGCAGAAGGGACAGACCGCUUCGAGCUUCGUCUGACAAUCCUGCCAACACACAACAUGCACACGUACAAUCAGACAUGCACAUCCUCAUAUGCACUCCCUCUCCUGAUCAGCUGAUUCUCAGCCUCCCCCUCUCAUCUCAUGUGUGUCGUCCCUCCCUCCCACCUCGAAACAUUUUGAGCAGAGGUUCUUGCCGCAGCACUCCGUCUGCAGCAUCUGGUGGUCCUCCUCGUCCCACUCGUGAAAACAUAUGUGGCACACACCGUCCCAGUCCUCAGACAGCGUCUCCUCCCCCUCACCCGCACCGCCGCCCGACGCACCGGGCGCCAGAUCCUCCGCGCUCAACAUCACCACUACUUCUCGCCUACUUCAGCCAAGAAAGACCGCCAGAAGCCUCAGCGGCGAGAGUGGACCUCGUUUGUCGUCUUAAAACUGCCGAACUAAAAAUUUCCCCUUCGCACCGACACAGGACGUCAGCAGCAGCUCAUCCGGCGAGUCGACGCCUCUCACAGCGUCCCAUCGUCAGCCGACGGCCGCUUCCGAGAGACGUUCGCUCACAUACACCCGGUGAAGGAGCGAAAUCGAUAGACAGCAGCUAUCCGCCAGCCCCUCAAUUGCUCUCCAGAAGCUACGUCGCCCAAUUUCGCUUGUCA